AUGAGGGCUACCGUAGCCUUUCUUCUGACUGUAUGUCUUACCACAGUCUCGUGUAAGAUCUACUUCGAGGAUCGCUUUCUUGAUGGUAAUAUCAAUCAGUGGACAAUUUCUGAGGCUGAAGCUGAGAAGCUAGGCAAAUGUGAGUUUGGCAAAUAUGAUCCCGCCUACGAUGAGAAGGAGGAUGGUGGAAUGAAUACCACAGAGUCGGCACGAUUCUAUCGCUACUCGGCACCCUUGAAAACACCCUUUUCCAAUAAAGACAAGUCUAUGUGUGUCCAGUUUAGUGUUAAAUAUGCCCAGGGAAUCGACUGUGCCGGUGGAUACAUUAAACUACUGGGGAAAGAUUUCAAGCCUAAAGAAUUCACUGGCGAGACACCUUACGAAAUUAUGUUUGGUCCCGACUUCUGUGGAUACUCAACUCGCCUUGUGCAUGUUAUCUUCUCGCAUGACGGAAAGAAUUAUUUGAUUAAAGAGUCAAUUCCUCUUACCUUGAACAAUAUCUCACAUCUCUUUACACUCAUCGUUCAUUCCAACAACACUUUCGAAGUGAAGGUAGAUGAGGAAAGCAGGAGGAAUGGAUCCCUGGUGGAUGACUUUGAUAUUCUCAAACCACGCACAGUCGACGAUCCAGAUGUCAAAAAGCCCGAAGACUGGGUGGAGGAAAUGAUGAUUCCCGAUCCUGAGGAUAAAAAACCCGAUGACUGGGACCAACCUAAAACUAUUGUUGACAAAAAUGCUACAAAACCGGCCGAUUGGAACGAUGAGAUGGACGGAGAUUGGUCGCCACCGAUUAUCGACAAUCCUGACUACAAGGGUGAAUGGUCCCCCAGAACCAUUCCCAAUCCUGCCUAUAAAGGACCAUGGAAACCGCCACAAAUCCCCAAUCCCGAGUUUGUUGAUAAUCCCGACCUGUAUUCACGCACCUUUGCCUACAUUGGUCUCGAUCUCUGGCAGGUGCAAUCGGGUACCCUCUUUGACAACUUCAUCAUCUCUGAUGACCUGAGUGAAUGCGAAGCUCAUGCUAAGCACUGGAGACCCAGAUUUGACGCUGAAACAGAGGCAGCCAAGAAGGCGAAAGCGGAGGAAACUGAAACCGGUGAAGGGGUUCCGCGUCACAUUGAAACAUCAUCAAACUUUGACCAGGUGAUGCGUGAGCUUGCCAAGGAGAAGAAAGAGGAAGGGGAAAAGAGUGAUACAUCUCAAGAAAUGCCCGAGCUAGAAAUAGAAGAGGAAACAGUGAAGGAACCCCACGAGGAGCUUUAA